UUCUGCCUUCACGCAGCGGCAGUUUCAUGCUAACCGGCUAACUUUGAACCCUUAAAACUGCGUAGUCUCACGUUUGUGUAGCCAGCAGACAUGUAGCAUCGACUGUUAAACAAACACUGACACUUGUGUUGUUUUUCGACCUAGUUUUGUCUCAGAAAAGCACCACAAAUUCACAAUAUUGUAGUUUAGAAACAGUAACGUUACGUUGAGCGGCGGCACAAGCAGCACAAGAGGAGUUUGUCUUCAGUCUCCCACUAAAACAUAGUGCGAGGAUCCUCCACAACCAAAAAAAAAUGCCAUCAAGAAAUCACCUUGACAAAAUCGGCAGGACAAAAAAGAAGAAAUGGACCGAGGAGGCCAUGGAGCGUGCACUGAUAGAGGUGAAGUCAGGACGGUGCACGGUGAGGCAGGCUGCCAAAGAGUUCGGAGUCCCUAAAUCUUCACUGGGGGACAGAGUCAGCGGCCGGGUGACACCAGGGAGUCGCAGCGGGCCAGCUCAGCUUAUAACAUCUGCAGAUGAGGAACUGUUGGUCGAGUUCUCCUUGCACAUGUCCAAGCAUGGAUUUCCACUUACUAAGCAGCAGCUGGUGUCCUUUGCUUCGUCGAUUUAUAAGCGGCAGCACCGGAGGGUGGCAUUUUCCAAACUGGGCCAGACCUGGUGGCUCAAUUUUAGAAAGCGACAAGAAAAGAAUAUUACCAUUCAGCCAGCAGACAGUGUUGUCCGUGGGAGGACAGUAUGUGUGAGGAAGGAAGCAGUGGAUCAGUUUUUUCACCUGCUGAGCACUGUUGUAGAUGCUCACGGACUGAGAGACAAGCCUCACCAAAUCUUUAACUGGAAUGACACGAGCUUUCAGCUGGGCAGGAAGAAGGUAAUGCUCCCCAAAUCGGCCAGUCUGGGCUAUAAGCCAGCACCAGGCUCGAGGGACCACAUCUCCGUCCUGGCUUGCUUUAGUGCAGCUGGAGAUGACAUUCCCCCAUUUAUUAUCUACUCAAAGACCUAUCCAGGGGGAGUACGUUACAAGACACAAGGGCCACCAAAUGCCCUUUAUGGGUGGUCUGACUCGGGGUGCAUAAACUCGGACCUCUUUAAGAAAUGGUUCCUCAAACACUUUCUUGUGCACGCGCCAAAGGAGCGUCCAUUGCUGCUGAUUUUUGACGGCCACAAGUCGCCUCUGAACCUGGAGGUGGUAGAAUCGGCACGUAAGGAGGACGUCAUUCUUCUGUGCCUUCCGCCUCAUUGCUCUCACAUCCUGCAGCCACUUGACGCUGGUCUUUUUGUGGUCCUGAAGCAGCGUUUUGCGUCACUCAUAGGUGACGGCUGCACCACUGAUACCCAUUUUGCAGUCAGCAAGAAGGAGUUUUCUGGUAUAUUUAAAGGGACGUAUCAGGUAGCAAAAGAAGAGGAGGGUGUUGGAAUUGUGAGAGAAGGCUUUAGGAAAUGUGGCAUCUACCCGCUGAACCACUUUGCCGUCAAUGAGGGUCAUUUUCUGCCACCGCACAGCAUUGGUGCAACGGCUGGACCCUCCUUGUCGACAGCAGGACAAGGGGUGCACACUGUUGGAGACCUCACCACAGCUGGACCCUCCUCCUAACUCACUGCUAUAGUAUGAAACCGUCAGUACCGUCAGGACAGAGUGAUUGACUUCAUAAUUCAGCAACACCUAAAUGAGCACAGGCUAGGUCUGUCAUUUGAAAUUCUGAGUGACAGAAGUAGAAAGAGCACCACUGCUUGAGUUUUGUACACAACCUCCCCCGGCCUCCCUGCAGAGAGCUCAGUGUGUCGGCUCACCAGAAGAAAGGGGUGUGUUGAUAUUAAUUACUUGUCAACGUUGUGCUCAGAUUUAUUAAUUGAGUAAUAAUGUUUGAAUGCCGCACAACAGUGGCUCCCAGUGGGGGUCCCAAGAUAAAUCUGGAGGAGUCGAAAGAUUUUUUAAUGCAGUAACAAAGAAAAGUAAAGGCUGCAUUUCUGUUACACAUAAUUAGGUUUAAGAAUUCUUAAACUGUCCCCUGUUCUUGUGAAAUAUUGGAUCCUUCAAAUUAAGCUAUCUGAGAAGGGAAAAAAAACAUGAAAGUAGAUGUUAUUUUACUUUAUAGGAGCUCAAUAAAAAAAUGAUGGGCUACCCCUCUAGCUAAGCUAACUACCAUCAAUGAUGUGAUUGAUUUCAGUUUUAGUGUAUCCUGACAUCAGGGCUAUGUCUGCGCUCAUAUGUUGUUGUUUUUUUAAACUUUGCAACAUUUACACUUGGCGUACUGAAAUAGUCUGCUGAUUUAGGAGUCUUACAGGAGAGACUAUUAAAAAUUUAAAUACUGCAGGGAUGCGUGGUAGUUUGGACAGGCAAGAAUGUAGUUGCAGACACCGUAUUAACUCUCUGGGCCUUUACUGUCACUACACUUUGUUCCCACGUCACAUUCCUAUCAUAUGACUGUUUUAUGAAAGAAAACAAAGAUAUCAGCUUUGACUAACAGCAGAUAUUUCAACAUGAAUAAUAAAUUACAGGUACUGCUGAUUUUAUUGGCUAUGCUUGUAGUAAUAUAGGAAAUCUAUGGUCUUACUUUACAUUGUUGCUGUUCUUUUGUUGUUGUAUUUUCUUCAACUAAUGAACCAACGCUCUGCUUCAUGUUUGUCCCUGCACCUGCAUGCCCAGUGUACACGAAUGGCCAUGUGAUAUGUGUUUUGUGAAGAUUAUUUCUGAAACGUUGCUAAAACACUUUGGACAGAGAUUGUUUUCAGUUUAGACUUUGUUUUAAAAUGAAAACCUAUUUGUUUGGAUGUAGUUGAAAUGUGGUAGUCGGCAAGAUAUACUCUUUCAUUUUUAAAAUCUAAGUAACUUCUCAUUAAUUGUGUUCUAGCUCUGCUAUGAAACACUCAGAAAACAGAGGACUAAACAAUGUUUUUUUUUUUUUUUAACACUGACAAAAUGGAAAUGACAGCAUGUCGUUGAAACUGCUAACUCAAUUCUGUUGUGAAUCUAUUAUGCCUUUACUGAAAUAUUCUGAAUGAUCUUGGUUAUUAGAUAGACAAAAAUGAAUAUUUUGUCUAAAGUAUCUUCAACCUACUGAGGAAAAUUGAGUCCUUCAAUUAAUUUGGAAGGAGUGUCUGUAUGAACAAUUGUGCUCAAAUGUGUGCUGAUUUGUGUUCACACAGAGGAAUGAACCCUACAACAUGAUCUCAGGGAUAGAAAUCCAGAAUAAAAAUAUUUUUGAAAUAUAUUUGCAGCACA